AGGGAGCGGGAGCUGGCAGCCCUCAGGGGAGCCAUGAGGCAUGAGGCAUCCAGCCACGAUGAGGAGCUGGAGAAGAUCCGUAGGGACCUGCAGCAGCUCCAGGAGGAGAGGGAUGAGGCCACCAAGGCAAAGGCAUCCCUGGAGAGUGCACGAGAAGCGUCGGAGCAGGCCAGGAAGGUGGUGGAAUCCAGCCUGAGGGAAGUGCAGGAGCAGAACGAUGACCUGAGAAGGAAAUUCCUGGGGAUGGAGUCGCAGCUGAAGGAAUAUGAACGCUUAGGCGAGAACUGGGAGGGCUCUCAGGCACGGCUCAAGGAGAAGGUCACCAGACUGGAGGCAGAGCGCAGGCACAUGGAGGAGUCUCUGGGAGAUGCCACAGAGAGGGAGCAGGAGCUGUUGCUGGCCAAGAGGUCUCUGGAGACACGACUGGAGGAGGCCGAGCGGAGUUUGGCCAGGCUGGGGCAGGAGCACCAGGCCCUGAGCGCGUCCUACCAGGAUGAGCAGCGGCAGAAGGAGCAGCUCAAGCGCGCCAAGAGUGAGCUGGAGGAGCAGAAACGCCUCCUGGACCGCACCACCGAGAAGCUGAACAAAGAGCUGGAGCAGAUGACAGCAGAGUCACAGAGCUCCCUGACCGUGCUGAAGUCACAGCUGGAAGAAUUCAAGGAAAAAUCCCGGAAGGAGAUAACAGAUUCCCAAAAACAAGCCAAGGAUCGAGGUGCUGAGAUGGAGAAGAUGCAGUUCAGCAUGGGGAGGCUGCAGGACGAGGUCUCCAGGCUGAAGCAGGCGCUGCAGGACAGCCAGUCGGAGCGGGACAGCAUCCUCUUGGAUAAGGAGGUGCUGGUCCAGCGGCUCCACAACCUGGAGCAGGAGCUGGAGACCAAGAAGCGCUCCCAGGACGAUCGCUCGCGGCACGUCAAGGCGCUGGAGGAAAAAUCCAAGCACUUGGAAGUGGAGCUGGAGGAGGAGAGGAGCACAGUGGAGCUGCUGACAGAGAGAGUCAGUCGGAGCAGAGACCAGAUCGACCAGCUGCGGGCAGAGCUGCUCCAGGAACGCUCCAGCCGGCAGGACCUGGAAUGUGACAAGGUGUCACUGGAGCGGCAGAACAAGGAGUUGAAGAACCGCCUAGCCAGCUCCGAGGGGCAGCACAGACCCAAUAGCAACGUCUCCCAGCUGGAAGCACGCGUGGAGGAGCUGCAGGACCAGCUGCAGGCAGAGGAGAGGGAAAAGAAUGUCCUGCUGUCCUCCAACCGCAAGCUGGAGCGGAAGGUGAAGGAGUUGACCAUCCAGAUCGAUGACGAGCGGCAGCACGUCAGCAACCAGAAGGACCAGCUGAGCCUGAAGGUGAAGGCCCUGAAGCGUCAGGUGGAUGAGGCAGAGGAGGAGAUUGAGCGGCUGGAAGGGGCACGGAAGAAGGCACAGAGGGAGCUGGAGGAGCAGCAUGAGCUCAAUGAGCAGCUGCAGAACCGUGUCAAGGCGCUGGAGAAGGAGGCUUGGCGCAAAGCCGCGCGUUCGGCCGCCGACUCCUCGCUGCAAGACGACCAGCUGAGCUCAGAUGAGGACUUUGACAGUGCCUACGGCCCAUCCUCCAUCGCCUCACUGCUCAAUGAGCCCAAUCUCCAGACCAGCUCCUGCUGA